AUGAUAAUUAAUGUGUUGACAUCAAUGCGAAGGACUUCAAUGCGGGGCAAACGUCACAGCUUAUCAAACACCAAUCAUGUGUUUAUCUAUGUUCUAGGCUUGUCGUUCGUCGACCUGGUUGUGAUACUGCACUUGCCGUUUCUAGUCGUCGACUUAUUGAAAGGGCAGUGGUUGUUCGGAGUAGCUAUGUGCAAGCUGUAUUGGUUCGGUGAGAGCAUCAGCAAGCUGCUCAGCUCCUUCAUCAUGACUGUACUCAGUUGGGAUCGUUACCUUGCCGUUUGUAGCCCUGUCAAGUCGAUGAGGGUUCGCAGCAACUGCGUGGCCUUACUGGUGCUUCUCACGUGCUCGCUUCUCGCCGUUAUUCUGCUGCUCCCGGUGUUGAUUCAGUCAAGCGUUUUUAGAAUCAACAAAAUGAGCAUGAUGCCUUUAUUGGAACAUUCUGAGGAACUGCGCCUAUCAGAUAUGCAGGGAACUACAAUUUCAAAGUGUGUAUUCGAUUCUGACGCAAUGUUCACGCUCUACACAUUCAUGAUUGGAUUCGCACUGCCUGCCGUUCUUAUCACACUUUUCUAUUCUCGGGUGAUACAUAAAGUACAAAAAUCUUCUCGAAACAUGCACGGAGGUCGAACGACUGUUCAAGGAGGGAGAGAUCCUACUUCUACACGGGUCCAACAGGUUACGAAGCGUAUCGUGGCCGUCAUUCUUUUCUAUUUCCUUUGCUGGACCCCACAGUGGACGUUGAACAUCAUGUCACAGUUCAACAUGAUUCACGUAUCAUGGAUGACACCAGCUCUAUCAGCUAUGUUUUUCGUUGCACACUUACUGGUCUGCUUCAACUCAGCAGCGAAUCCUGUGCUCUACGCACUGAUCAAUCGGGAGCUGCGUCAGCAGCACGUGAUGGCGAUGCAACGGAAGCGACAAUCCUUCACUCACGCCACCCAUGACGCUCUUGAGUUCGUCGCUCGGCACACGCACAAGUCUGCACUGGCCAUCACUAACCUUUAA